UGAAUUCACAUAUCCACCUCCCUACUCAAACGGUGCCAGUGGACAGCUCCCGUAACAAGUGAACCUCGUAUGUCGUUUCCCAAGUCUAUUUGGGGUACUCUAUUACUCUACACUGGGAACCUUGAAAAAUGGAGAAUCAACGUAUUUGAGUCGAAGUUGCCACGCGAACUUGGAAAGUAUAUGCACAUUUCUGAUUCCUGUGCACACUUUCAGAUUUUUUCUUUCCAGUUUUGGUUCGCUUAUCAUCUUGUUUGGCGCUCAUGAAUUGAAUUCCACUUUGUGUUUGAAACAAGGAUUUGUGUGAUUUUGGGACAGGCGCUCAACGGCGAAGGGGAAAAAUCAUGGAGAACAGAAUUGGAUUUAUUUGGCUGAAAAGGCUACUUUUUGUGUUUGUGUGGGUAUCUUUUCUCAGCGGCGAUGCAACAUCAUACGGCUCGGAGGCGCCCAGGGGCUUCGUGGACCUGCGCUUCGUCCUGGAGCCAGCCGACACGGUGACGGUCCGCGGCGGCGUCCUGCAGCUGGACUGCGAGGCCCGGUCGGACCAGGGCGUCCCCGCCCUCGUCUGGAAGAAGGACGGGGUCCUGCUGAGCACGGUGGUGGACGAGCGCAGGCGGCAGCUGGCCAAUGGCUCCCUGCUGGUGCAGAACGUGGUGCACUCGCGGCACCACAGGCCCGAUGAAGGCUCCUACCAGUGCCUGGCCUCCCUGGAGGGUGUGGGUGCCAUCAUCAGCAGGACGGCCAAAGUCACCGUCUCUGGUCCCCUGCGGCUGGUGGUGCCCACGGAGUCGGUGUCAGCGCACCUCGGGGACACGGCCCUGCUGCGCUGUGAGGUGACGGGCGAGCCCAUGCCUGUGGUGCACUGGCAGAAAAACCGCGAGGACCUGCCGGCCGCCCUCACGCCCGAGAGCCGCGUGGUGGUGCUGCCCUCCGGGUCGCUGCAGGUCAGCCGGGUGCAGCCCCCGGACUCCGCCACCUACCGCUGCCUCGCUGAGAACCCCGGCAGCGCCCGCACCGGCAGCGACGCCGAGCUCCGUGUCUUGCCAGAGCCAGGAGUGAUGCGGGGCCUGGUGUUCCUGCAGAGGCCGAUGGCAGUGACUGUCCUCGAGGGAAAAGACGCCAUUUUGGAGUGCUCCGCCUCCGGCUUCCCAACUCCCUCCUUUUUCUGGAUGAGGGGCAACGAGGUGAUCCAAACAAGGUCAAAGAAGUACACCCUGCUCGGCGGGAGCAACCUCAUGAUCACCAGCGUGACGGAUGACGACUCGGGAAGCUACACCUGCGUUGCGCACAACAAACAUGAAAACGUUAGCGCCUCCUGUGAGCUCUCUGUCCUGGUGCCUCCGCAGUUCCUGAACUACCCCUCCAACUUGUACGCCUACGAGAGCACGGACAUCGAGAUGGAGUGCGAGGUGACCGGGAAGCCCCCUCCCGCCGUCCACUGGGUGAAGAACGGCGAGGUGGUCAUCCCUAGCGACUACUUCCAGAUCGUUGGUGGGAGUAACCUCCAGAUUCUCGGCCUGGUGAAGUCGGACGAGGGCUUUUACCAGUGCGUGGCGGAGAACGACGCUGGCAACGCCCAGGCGAUGGCGCAGCUCAUCCUCCGGGAGCCAGUUGUCCCCAGCUCAGGCGCCCUCCCCUCCGCUCCCCGUGAUGUGGUCCCUGUCCUAGUGUCCAGCCGUUUCGUGCGCCUCAGCUGGCGCCCCCCGGUGGAGACCCACGGCAACAUCCAGACCUACGCUGUCUACUUCACACAGGAGGGCGUUAACAGGGAGCGGUCUGUGAAUGUGUCCGAGCCGGGGUCCCUGCAGUUCACCGUCAGCAACUUGAAACCCGAGGGCACGUACAGCUUCAGAGUGGUCGCCUACAACGAGCAGGGCCCAGGGGAGAGCUCUCAGCCUGUGAAGGUCUCCACACAGCCCGAGCUGCAGGUCCCUGGUCCAGUGGAAAACCUCCAGGCUUUGGCCACCUCCCCCACCACCAUCCAGGUUUCCUGGGAUCCCCCUGCCUACGUCAGCAGCCCCAUCCAGGGGUACAGGCUGCACUGGACGGAGACGGCAACCGAAAGAGAACAGAUCAUGGAGGUGAAUGGGCAGAGCUACAAGCUGGAGGGACUGAAGAAGUUCACAGAGUACUCCGUCCGCGUCCUGGCCUACAACCGCUACGGCCCAGGCGUCUCCCCAGAGAAUCUUAUUGUGACCACUCUCUCAGACGUGCCAAGUGCUCCUCCUCAAAACAUCUCCUUGGAGGUUGUCUACUCAAGAAGCAUCAAGGUCAGCUGGCAGCCUCCCCCUCCAAACUCACAGAACGGAUUCAUCACAGGCUACAGAAUCCGUCACAGGAAGACGGGCCGGCGAGGGGAUCAGGAAACAAUCGAACCCAACAACUUCUGGUACCUCUUCACAGGCCUUGAAAAGGGCAGCCAGUACAGCUUCCAGGUGGCCGCCAUGACCGCAAAUGGCACCGGCCCGGCCAGCGACUGGUACACCGCCGAGACGCCGGAGAACGACCUUGACGAGACCCAGGUUCCGAAUCAGCCCAGUUCUCUGCACGUCCGCCCACUGCCCAACAGCAUCAUCAUGAGCUGGACCCCUCCUCUGAACCCCAACAUCUUGGUCAGGGGUUACAUCAUCGGCUAUGGAGUGGGCAGCCCCUAUGCGGACACUGUCCGGGUUGACAGCAAGCAGCGGUACUAUUCCAUUGAAAACUUGGAGCCCAGCUCCCACUAUGUCAUCUCACUGAAGGCCUUCAACAACGCGGGGGAGGGGGUCCCGCUCUACGAAAGUGCCGUGACCAGAUCCAUAACAGACCCCUUAGACCCAUCGGAGGAUGAUUUGUUCCAUUUGUUUGAUAAAUUCCCUACUCCCAUCCCAGAUACCUCCACCCCCAUGAUCCCUCCAGUAGGUGUGCAGGCCGUGGCCCUGAGCCCUGACUCUGUCCGUGUCAGCUGGGCCGACAACUCCGUCUCCAAGAACCAGAAGUCCACUGAGGUGCGCUUCUACUCCGUGAAGUGGAAGACGAGCUACUCCACCAGUGGCAAGUACAAGUCCGCAGACACCACGGCGCUCAGCCACACCGUCACCGGACUCAAGCCCAACACCAUGUACGAGUUCGCCGUCAUGGUGACCAAAGGCCGCAAGUCCAGCACGUGGAGUAUGACUGCACAUGCCACCACCUACGAAGCAGCACCAAGCUCCGCCCCCAAGGACCUGACGGUCAUCACCCGGGAGGGGAAGCCACGGGCCGUCCUCAUCAGCUGGCAGCCGCCCCUGGAGGCAAAUGGCAGGAUCACGGGAUACAUCCUGUUCUACACUCUGGACAAGAACAUGCCCAUCGAUGACUGGGUCAUGGAGCCUAUCACUGGGGAUCGCCUCACCCACCAGGUCAUGGACCUCAACCUUGACACUGUCUACUACUUCCGCAUCCAGGCCAAGAACUCCAAGGGCGUGGGGCCCCUCUCUGAAGCCGUUCUCUUCAGGACCUCGAAAGAACAACCUGACAAAAUGGCCAACGACCAAGGUCGCCAUGGAGACGGAGGCUACUGGCCAUCUGACAAUAACCUGAUUGAUAGGAGCAGCCUGAACGAGCCUCCAAUUGGGCAGAUCCGGCCCCCCCACGGUAGUGUGACCCCUCAGAAGAACAGUAACUUGCUGGUGAUCAUUGUGGUUUCGGUGGGGGCGGUCACCGUGGUGGUGGUCGUCAUUGUGGCUCUCAUCUGCACCCGCCGCUCGUCCGCCCAGCAGAGGAAGAAGCGAGCUACCCACAGUGCAGGGAAGAGGAAAGGCAGCCAGAAGGACCUGCGCCCCCCUGACCUGUGGAUCCACCACGAGGAGAUGGAGCUGAAGAACAUCGAGAAGCCCUCGAGCUCCGCCCCCUCAGGCCGCGAUUCCCCCAUCCAGAGCUGCCAGGACAUCGCCCCUGUCAGCCACAGCCAAUCAGAGAGCCAGAUGGGGAGCAAGAGCAGCCACUCAGGUGCUGACGGCGAUGAGGUAUCAAGCAGCAUAUCCACCCUAGAGCGCUCCCUAGCUGCACGGAGGGCAACUCGCACCAAGAUGAUGAUCCCAAUGGACUCUCAGCCCAGCAACACACCUGUGGUGAGUGCCAUCCCGGUGCCCACUCUGGAGAGCUCCCAGUACCCGGGAAUCCUGCCCUCGCCCACCUGCGGGUACCCCCACCCCAAAUUCACCCUGCGCCCCAUGCCCUUCCCCACCCUCACAGUGGACCGCAGCUACGCCACAGCGGCGGCGAUGGCGGCGGAGGGCGCCGCCCCGCACGCCCAGCAGCAGACCCUGAUCCCCAGCUCGCAGCCCGAGCACGCCAGCGCGGAGGAGGUGCCCAGCCGCACCAUCCCCACCGCGUGCGUGCGCCCCACCCACCCCCUGCGCAGCUUCGCCAACCCCCUCCUGCCGCCCCCCAUGGGCACCAUCGAGCCCAAAGUCUACACGCCGCUGAUGCCCCAGUCGAGUGCCAGCCUCCCCAAGGCUCAGGUGAAGACGGCGUCCCUGGGUCAGGCUGGGAAAGCGCGGUCGCCCCUGCUCCCGGUCUCCGUGCCGACCGCGCCGGAGGUGUCUGAAGAAGGACAGAAACCGCCAGAGGAUCCGGCUAGCGUUUAUGAGCAGGACGACCUGAGCGAACAAAUGGCCAGUCUAGAGGGACUGAUGAAGCAGUUAAACGCCAUCACCGGCUCAGCCUUUUGAAGUUGGCCUCUCCGGCAGCAGCAGCACACCAGAACCCCGCCAUCACACAGCACAGCAGUACCCCGCGAUCAGACGGACACAGAGGGGAGGUGGCGCAAGGGCCCCCCCGGACGCUCCUCCACCACAGACAAUGUCGCCUCUGCCCCGCCCUCUCUCAGUGCAUCAGUUUGGACGAGACAAUGAGGGGUACAGGAAAAAAAAAUUUAAAAAAAAAAACGAUAAAUGGCAAACGCAGUUUCUCGGAAUCUGGCAAACUUUUAUUUAACCCCUGAGGUUUUUUUUUUUUCCCCUCCAGCGUUACAUUUUACCGUGUUGAUUUGGAUGUGGAUUCGGGCAUCACAACCCAAAACGUUACGUCAGUCGCCGCAGGUGGUUUCAUCCGAGCCGAUCUUGUGACUGAAUUCUCACGGAUACAAAUGGGAGCGGCUCUGCUAUUUCACCGCCAUGCAUCCCACAAUCACUCUCUCCAGCUUGAUCUGAUGGUGUACUUUUUCCAGAGCAAAAACAAGGCUGCAGCUGGUUGCUGUGUGAGAGAAGACCUGCCGGACUGCCGCGCGCGAUACCAGACCCUUAGAGGUUUCGCUUCCACUUUUUUUUGAUGUUAAAGAUUGCACAAAUCAGCACCUGGUGUUUCCCAGUUCACACACAAUUCACCCCCUACUGCGGUCCCGUUUGUUGAAAAGGUCACAAGCAACUGUCGACUCAUUAUAAUUUUCAGCAGAGCAAUCUUAGCAGUAAGAGAUGAUCAUGCAAGAGGAGCUCUAUAAUAAACUUCUACCAUUUUUCCUUUUAUUUCUGUAAUACACCAGUAAGCUUUUCUUACCCCCCGAACACAGACAUGAAUUAGCUUCUCAAUGCAUUGGUAAUAAGCAGAUUCUGAAAAAAAAAACAUGCACACACAUGCUGUUGCAUAGAUGUUACAGUUCUUUAAUGACACAGCCGCUUCUUGCCACGGACAUAUUUAUGGUGUGAUUAUGGAACUGUGAUUGGACACUGAUCUGACAUCGAUCAUAACCAAAAGGCACCAUUUCCAAAUCAUUUAGGAUUUUCCACAGACUUUCAGCUAUAACGGACAGUGGAAACAUACCUCUUAUUAUAAGGUGUGAGCAACUGCUAGUCAGAAAUAACCAUUGAAGACAACCAGAGACAACCGUUGAAUGAAUUAUUUAGGAAGGAUCAAAGAGAGGACACUUUGAGCCUGUGAUCUAUGAACAGUCCGUCCUGUUUUCGUCCGGAGACAGUUGUGCUGGGAUUCUUGCACAGCUUCCACUGAUACACCUGAGGUCUCUGCCCACAGAAUGAGCAUAACAUUCAGAAACCGCUUCUGCUUUCAGGCUUCUGUGAUUUGUCAUUUGAUCGGUCUGAAUUGUUCCACCUACAUCGCCCUCUCCAACACGUGCAAAAUCAGGGCGAGGACCGUGAGGGAAACAGGUGUUGGAAAGAAAAGCAGGACUGCCAAACUGCUUUGUGUGGAAUGCUCCACUUCUCCUGGCUGGGUGACAGUCUUUACUUAUUUUGAUGUCUAGGUUUUUAAAGAGAUCAAACGAUUGCUUUAUAAUAGCAUUUCAGCAUUCAAAGUUGGCUGUUUGAGCUAGCCCGAGCUCACUGGGUUCUUCAGUAUCUUCAGAUGGUUAUUUUUAUAUGGGAACAUUUUCAAUGCACAUGCGAUGUAGUAUAUUUUUACACGUACAACUUCAUAUGUCAUAGAUGUGCAUUUUAAUUUCUUUUUUGUGGCUUCUUACCUUGUUUUCCGUUAGGGGCUAUGUCGUUCUGCAUCAUUGAGAACGUGUAACCUUAAGCCUUACAACGAAACAUGGCAGAAAUAAGGUACAUCGAAGUGGUAAAUACAUUAGCAAUUGGGAUAGUAAUGUAUCAUUAAAAUAUUUAUGUUUAACUUGGUUUCCAUACUAUAUUCAGGCAGAAUAACUGUAGAUGUUGUUGUGUAAUUUAGAAUGUGAAUAAAAUGAGAAGCACUCAGUUAUUUCACUAUUUCAGAUAUGGUGAUUCCAACCUCAAAAGAGCAGCCUCAGAAAAGACAAGAUUCAUUUUGACUGUCAUGUGCUUUGUCCUUAAUUUUAGUAAUUUAUGCAGUUGUUACUUUUUUCGGCACUGACAUAAUGUGGUCACUGGAAUUCAUAAUGCUUAGGCUUGGUUUAAUAAAUGAAAAUAGUAACAAUUGCAAACAUUCCUUGUGAUAUCUGUGGACCAAGACCAACCAAGGUGCAGGAAAGUGCAGGAAAAUUCUGAAAGUGGAAAUGAAUAGCGUUGUGGUGUCUCUGUAACUACAACAAUUUGAAAAAAGAAAAAGGAAA